AUGGCUGACGACAAACCUCUUGUGGAUCUAAUAGGCGUAUUGCAAGCAGCCACAGUCGACAAAUAUAGUAGUUUCUUUAACAUCCUACAUUCGACAUAUCAAUCAGCUCUGCAAGGGUUAAAUAUUAAGGUGGAUGUUAUGGUGUCAAAGUCAUUAGAGGACUCGACCAAACAUAAAGCAAGACCCUUGUUAAUAAGGAUACACGGAGGCUAUUUGGUCACAGGCUCAAGUCUCUACCCACCAUGGUUCACAAACUGGAUUUUAGACUAUGCGAGACAUUCUGGAGCCGUUCUUGUGUCGCCAAACUACCGGCUUAUGCCCGAAUCUACCGGCUCGGACAUCUUGGAAGAUAUGGACGCUUUCUGGUGUUGGCUCCGUCAUGGUGGUGUAGACGAUAUUCUGGAGCAGGGUGGCUACCAAUAUCUCCGUAUAGAUUUGGACAGAACCUUGCUUGUUGGUGAGAGCGCUGGUGGCUACCUCGCUAUGCAAUUGGCACUCAGCUACCACGGACAAGUUCGUGGCCUAAUUGCUGCCUAUCCCAUGCUCGACAUCAUCGACAGACACUAUACGGAACCGUAUUCCAAACCCAUCAUAAAAGUGGCAAACCGUCCCAUCGAAGUGCUCGAAUGUCACCUUGAAACACUUAGGGCCGCACGUGCCGAAGGCAGGAAUCCCGUAGUUACCGAAGCCGACCCGCCUGAUCGAAUGGAACUUUCUUUCUGCAUUGUACAGAACGGUCGGUAUCUCGACUUUUUCGGUACUGGACCUCGAGGGCUUUUUCCAAUGGAUCGUAUCACAGAUAGUCAAGAUGCGGAUGCCGCCAGCGAAGGUGCGGAGUUACCGCCAAUGUUUAUAUUUCAUGGUGAGCAGGACUCGGCAGUACCGGCAGAGGGGUCGCAACGCUUCGUGCAGGCACUGAGAAAGAACAGACCAAGGGCGAGAGUCCAUUUGGAGAUCCAACCGGGAGAUCAUGGAUUUGAUUUCUCUGCUACUUUGCAGACGGAUUGGUUGAAGCAGGGUCUCAAGGUGGUUGGGCCAGCCUGGCUUGGGAGCGAAUAUGGAGAGUGA